AUGGCUUUUAAAUUCAAUUGGCCAGAUUUUACCACGGAAUUUGUUGAACAAGCAAAAAAUCUUUUAACGACAGCUCUUAACAAGAGUAAUAAACCUGCGAAUAUCGUAGAUCAUAUAGUUGUCAAAGACUUGAAUAUGGGAACAAAGCCACCAGAGUUGGAAAUCAUGGAAAUUGGAGAAUUAGCAGUUGAUAAAUUUAGAGGAAUUUUUAAAUUAAUUUAUACUGGAGAUGCACAUUUGACUUUACAAACAAAAUAA